UUCAGACCCAACCAUUAAAGAAGACGACUCGAAUCCCAUGUUGCCGCGAAUUGCAAAAGGAUCCGCGGCAUAGUGCUCUUGCUCAGGUCGGGAAGUAGAGCGGCUACCUUUUGCCCUUGCUUGAAAAAAUGGAACAAAUUCGAUGGCGGCGAAGUGGCUAGGGAGAUUCCGGCGAGUUCAGAUUCGUUGAUCCAUUUGACCCAGUUGGAACGAGAAAAGCAUCGCGAAGAAAAACGAACGAGAGAAGGCAGCAGCUGUGGCUAUGGGCUGGGGAUGGAAGAUCUACGAAGGCGCGGUGGUGAUUGGAUCACUAUGCCUUCUUGGCUGGGCUGGGCUCUGGUUCCUGAACCGCCGUCUCUAUAAAGAGUACGAGGAGAAGCGUGCACUCGUCCAGAUACUCUUCAGCCUUGUCUUUGCAUUCUCCUGCAACCUUUUCCAGCUCGUCCUAUUUGAGAUCCUCCCGGUUCUAUCCAAAGAUGCGAGGUGGAUAAAUUGGAAGAUUGACCUAUUUUGUUUGAUUCUAUUGCUGGUUUUUGUGCUACCAUAUUAUCAUUGCUAUCUAAUGCUGAGAAAUAGUGGAUUGAGGAAAGAACGAGUUGCAUUUGGGGCAGUUAUAUUCUUACUAGCUUUCCUUUAUGCUUUUUGGCGCAUGGGAAUUCACUUUCCUAUGCCUUCUCCUGAGAAAGGAUUCUUCACAAUGCCUCAGUUAGUUAGUAGAAUUGGAGUAAUAGGCGUAACUGUAAUGGCCGUGCUAUCUGGGUUUGGAGCUGUCAACCUGCCUUACAGUUAUUUGUCCCUGUUCAUCAGGGAGAUUGAGGAGUCGGAUAUUAAAGCUCUGGAAAGGCAAUUGAUGCAAUCGAUAGAAACCUGCAUUACAAAGAAGAAGAAGAUCAUUUUGUCCCAAAUGGAGAUGGAGAGACUACAGGGAUCAGAAGAGAAACUUAAAGCCAGAUCCUUCAUUAGACGUCUUGUCGGAACAGUUGUUAGAUCUGUGCAAGAAGAUCAAAGGGAACAAGAUAUUAAAGGCAUGGAAGCCGAGGUGCAAGCGCUAGAAGAGCUUUCAAAGCAGCUAUUCCUUGAAAUCUACGAGCUUCAUCAAGCAAAGGAAGCUGCUGCUUUUUCUCGAACCUGGAGAGGACACAUGCAGAAUUUAUUAGGCUAUGUCUUAUCAGUUUACUGUGUCUACAAAAUGAUAAAGUCUUUGCAGAGCGUGGUGUUCAAGGAGGCUGGAUCCGUCGAUCCUGUGACGAUGACAAUCAGCAUUUUAUUACAACGGUUUGACAUAGGCUUCAAUGCUGCCCUCCUAUCACAAUAUGUUUCUUUGCUAUUCAUUGGAAUGCUGGUUGUCAUUUCAGUUAGAGGCUUUCUAUCAAAUCUCAUGAAGUUCUUCUUUGCUGUUUCUAGAGUUGGUAGUGAGACAUCUUCCAAUGUUGUUCUUUUUCUUUCUGAGAUCAUGGGCAUGUAUUUUGUAUCAUCCAUCCUCUUGAUAAGAAAAAGUCUAGCAAGUGAAUACAGGAUUAUUAUAACAGAUGUUCUUGGGGGUGAUGUCCAGUUUGAUUUCUACCACCGCUGGUUUGAUGCAAUCUUUGUAGCUAGUGCUUUUCUCUCAUUACUGCUGCUGACCGCACAACAUAGUUCUCGCCAAGCAGACAAGCAUCCCAUUGAUUAACCGCAUCACUGUAAAUAUUUACAAACACCUCAAUUCGUUUACCAUAGUUUUUAUUUAGCUAAUAACCCUCCAUUCAUUUAUAAGGGAGGGCAAAGAAGUUUAGGACACGUGGGAUUUGAGAAGAUUUACAUAGAAACUGUGCUACUUUCUUUUUUGAAUUUAUUUUACAUGGCUCGCAAUUGGCAGGUCAUAUUAAAAGAAAGGGAAAAUAACAUAAAUAACACCCGAUUCUUAUGGAUUUAGCUA